UGUCAUAAAAUUACGUGGGGUUAGAGUCACUUUUGCAUGCAUGCACCCACGCACCCUUGUGACGCUCGACUCAUUGGAUUAAUUAUAUCGAGUAAUGAUUCCUUCCAGAAAUUGUUUAAUUUCUUCAUAUGAUUUAGUACAGUACGAGCAUGUAUUUUUAUCUCACAUUUAACAGUGGUGAUUUUUGUCAUUCAACUUAGAGUAAUUUUCGUAGCAUGGUUAUUUCUUUAUAUUUCCUGAAAAAUAAACCCUCAAUUAUAUCAAAAUUUUAGUGGAAGCUUUAUCCCCUCCAACUACAUAUAACUCCACCAUUGAGUGUAUCCAUUUUUGCAGUAGUGGUGUCCAACUCCAACCCAUAAGCAAAGCAAGUCGUCCACUAUCAGUUCAUCAUGCACUUCCCAAGUCACUGGCGGAAUGGCGGGUGAUAAGGUUUGAAGAAGUACUCGGGAGGUGGUUAACUAAUUAUGACCUUACUUGGAAAAUUGAUAUGAGUUCGAAAUCUCUAUAUGAUUCCGUGCAAUAGGUUUAGGCGAAUCCUAUAUCGACAAUCUACGAGAGAGUUUUAUGAUUUAUAAGUUAGAGAUUUUGAUUUUUAUUGACGAAACGCGUUUAGAGAUGAAAUGUAAGAUCGAAGUUAAAACGUAAUCAAUAUGGAACAAUAUGCAAGGGCGUGUAACCUUUUGAGAAGUCAUUUUGACAUGCACUUCAAUACAUAAACCGUACGUACGGGUCAAUACCCAAAGCUCGAACAAUAUCUUAAUAAAAUAAAAUAAAAAGAUGCAAGAUGUUACAGUUUGUGUCCUAAUUGGAAAAUUGCCUAUCACUUCCGGGGGUGAAGACUCGGGAUUUGGGUGUUGUCCAAUCUCUCAACCAAGUCUUCCACUAAUUCCUACAGUACGCUCGAAUUAUUCCAUUUUGCAAUGAAUCUAUGGUCAUUCCCACAAAUGGCAACAAGUGGCCGAAAAUAUAUAAAUAAUAUACAUAAGCAGAGUUUAGAAUCAAGCAAUUAGCAAGCAUUCAAUCAGUGUAGUAAUUCAAAAAAAAAAAAAAAAAGAGAGGGAGAGUGAUCGUUAUUUACCAAAGAUGACUUCUUCGUCUUCUUCUGGAAGUUGGUGGGUAUUUGCGGCUGUAGUAGUCGUAGCACUUCUUCAACAGUUGUGCUUCCUUAAUACUACAACUACAGCGGCCGCCUCCAGAAUCAUUCUGAGCAAUGAGACCGAUCGCAUGGCGUUGCUGGAGUUCAAGUUCAUGAUUACUGGCGACCCUUUGGGGGCUCUGAGCUCGUGGAACGAUUCCGCUCACUUCUGUUAUUGGUAUGGCGUGUCCUGUUCCAAAAGACACAUUGGGAGAGUCCAGGUCCUCGAUCUCCGUUCUGAAAAACUCUCGGGGUCCAUCUCCCCACAUAUUGGCAAUCUCAGCUUCCUGAGAAACUUGGUUCUUCAUAACAACAGCCUGAGCGGUGGAAUUCCUUCUGAAAUCGGCCGCCUCCGCAGAUUGCAUGAGCUCAGACUCUCCUUCAACUCGCUCGAGGGUGAGAUCCCAUCUAACAUCUCUGAAUGCUCUGCCCUUACUAUAUUCAAUGUGUCGGUAAACAAAUUGGUGGGACAGCUACCAUGGCAGCUUGGAUCCUUGAGCAAACUCCAAAAUAUUUUUGGAGAAAACAACAAUCUAACAGGAAGCAUCCCCCACUCUUUUGGCAAUUUGUCAUCUCUAGUGGAAUUCGGCGCAGCAGAGAACCAUUUGAGUGGGAGAAUUCCUGAUUCUCUUGGCCAAUUGAAGAGUGUUCUAAAAUUGGGUCUCAUGUACAACAACUUACAUGGUGAGGUCCCUGCUUCCAUUUUCAACCUCUCUGCCCUUUUAACUCUAUCCUUUGGAUUCAAUCAGCUCCACGGCAAUCUUCCUAGAAACUUGGGAAUAUCACUUCCAAAUCUUCAAAUGUUAGAUGUGGCUCACAACCAAUUUAGUGGCAGUAUUCCAGCUUCCUUAUCCAAUGCCUCCAAUUUGGUUCUACUUCAACUGAAUACCAAUAAUUUCACCGGUAGCAUGCCUAGUAUGAGAAGCUCUAACAGACUUGAGCACUUAUACAUCUACAAAAACUCUCUUGGAAGUGGAGAAGCUAACGAUUUGAGUUUCCUCUCAUCUUUGACUAAUGCUAGUAGCUUGAAAAGCUUGAUCAUCCAUACGAAUCACUUCGGAGGCAAUUUACCGGAACAAAUUGGCAACUUGUCAAAAAAUUUGGAGAUGUUGAGCGUUGGUAAUAAUGCUUUGGAAGGAAGCAUACCAUGUGGGAUACAAAAUCUUGUCAACCUGCAAUGGUUGGAAGUAGCAGACAACAAUCUCACAGGUACCAUCCCAUCCGUCAUCGGGAACAUGCAAGCUCUGCGACAGUUGGAUGUGAGUGGAAAUAGAAUUUCAGGAUCUAUUCCACCAACGUUUGGUAAUCUGACCGAAUUGAUUUAUUUAUAUCUAUCUCAUAACAGUUUAUCGGGUGAAAUUCCUUUUGAGUUUGAGAAUUGCCAAAAUUUGGUAUUCAUAGAGCUCGCGUACAACAACCUCAAUGGUGUGAUUCCCCCACAGAUCUUCAGGAUUUCUUCCUCGUUAAACUCCUUUAACUUGUCCCAUAAUAAUCUAAGUGGCAUCCUUCCGGCUGAAGUAGGAAGAUUGAUAAAUCUGGGGGUUUUGGAUCUGUCUCAUAACAUGUUGUCAGGUGGAAUACCAACUUCUCUUGGUAGUUGUGCAGUGUUGGGGUCACUGUACUUGCAAGACAAUCUUUUGCAAGGAAUCAUUCCUCCUUCUCUUGGUUUAUUGAGAGGUAUUCAAGUACUGGACAUCUCUGGCAACAACUUAUCUGGUCAAAUUCCAAAAUCUUUUGAAGGGAUGAAGCUACUGCAAAUUUUUAAUCUAUCUUACAACAAUCUCGAGGGUGAAGUGCCAUCAAGUGGAGUCUUUAGGAAUGGCAGCAUCAUUUCAGCCGUCGGAAAUGACAAGCUCUGUGGUGGCAUGGCUGAAUUGAACCUUCCACCUUGCAACUUCAUACAGAAAAAGAAGACAUUCUGGAGGCAUAAGUCGAUAAAAAUUGUCAUAUUGGCAUUCACCAGUCUAUUGUGUUUGGCAUUCAUGGGUUCUUGCUUACUUAUCUUUUGGUUUAGGAAUAGAGGGAAACAAGCUACACUUCCCGUUGAUGAUUCACAACUGCUAUUGUCCUACCACGACCUCCAUAAAGCUACAGAUGGUUUCUCCGCCACAAAUCUUAUUGGUGUGGGAAGCUUUGGUUCCGUGUACAAAGGAUUCAUUGAAUCAAAUGGGAUUGGAAGCACUAUCGCUGUGAAGGUGUUCAACCUUCAGCGCAGCGGAGCUUCCAGGAGUUUUAUGGCAGAAUGUGCGGCUUUGAAGAACAUCAGGCACCGAAAUCUUUUGAGGAUACUCACAGUGUGUUCAGGUGUUGAUUAUCAAAUGAACGACUUCAAGGCUCUCAUCUACGAGUUCUUGGCCAAUGGUAGUCUGGAAGACUGGUUGCAUCCAGUGGGAAGUAGUACAGAUGAGCCUCCAAGAAUCUUGAAUUUCCUCCAGAGGCUAAACGUCGCUAUAGAUGUAGCUAUUGCAAUGGAUUAUCUUCACCAUCAAUGUGGAACGCCUAUUGUUCAUUGUGACCUGAAGCCGAACAAUGUGCUGCUUGACGAGGACAUGGUAGCCCAUGUUGGUGAUUUUGGGUUGGCAAGAUUCCUUCAAUCAGUUGUCGAUCCCUCUCCACCAGGCCGUGCAUCAAGCUCCAUUGGCAUAAAAGGAACAGUUGGCUAUGCUCCCCCUGAAUAUGGUAUGGGAAAUAAAGUCUCGAUACAAGGUGAUGUCUACAGCUACGGAGUUCUCUUGCUUGAGAUUUUCACUAGAAGGACACCGACUGAUGAGAUUUUCAGCGAUGGUCGGAGCCUACAUGAUUUUGUUAAAAGUGCUCUAUCAGAAAAGCGAAUAGCAAAAGUUGUGGAUCCUAUUCUUCUCAAUGAACUAUCACUUGGCCAAGCAACCCAUCCCAAUGUCACUAAUGUCACUAGUAGCAGCAAUACCUCGGAGGAAUCCAACUACAGCAAAGGCCAAAUACUAGAGGAGGCUCUGAUCUCCGUUCUUGAAAUAGGUGUUGCUUGUUCUCCGGACUCCCCAGAUGAGAGGAUUGGCAUGAGUGAAGUUGUAACUCGACUUGUCUCUUCGAAAAGGUUGCUUCGUGAUAAACUUGCUCGAAGACGAAUGGGCGGGAGGUGAUGAUUAGCUUGCUUUGAUUGACAACUUUGAUAUGGGUGCUUAUUCAUAUGGAUGCUUCUUUCUGGAUUUAAAGAAUGUAUUUUAAGUUAUAUCAAGAGUGCGUAAAUUCAAAAUAAAGUUGAGCAUUCAACUCAUUUCCUUCGUUCGGCUUUCUACGUUUCCUCUUCCUUCGCCUUAGAGUUAAAUCAUUUUUUUUAUUAGAGUGAUAUAAGUUUGUAUUUAUAGUUAGAUAUUACUGAAGAAAUUAGUUCGAACCUAAAACAUUCAGGUUCAAGAUUAGUUAUAAUAUCAUCUGACAUCCUAAUUUCCCACACUUCGACAUGCAUUGUGACGAAAGCAUUAGACUAGUUAGACUAUGUUCUCCCAUCUUUUUCUCUCGGAAUUUUGAAAAUCACGUUAAAUUAUCAGGAAUCUUGAAUAUCUUUAAAUUUUAUUUGGUGUAAAAUCGCAUUAUGGGCUCAAAUCCCAAACGCAAUUGUUGAUGGUUCAUUUGCAUUUCCUUGUUCCCUUUUAAUUAAUUUUCAUUUGUUCCCUUUGAUAACAUCCUCAAAUUAAUCGUAAUAUUAGGA